AUGGCUGAGUUCUUACAACUUGGUACCAACAAUUUCCGUAAGUUCACUUACGAAUCCUUGGCUGCUAUUGAAAAAAGAAUUGCUGCCAAGAAGAAUUGUCGAAGAAAUACUGUAGACCAGAAACCUGAGGAGAAACCACGUCCUCAGCUCGACCUACAAGCUUUCCAGAAGUUACCAGCUCUCUAUGGAAAUCCUCCUCCAGAACUCAUUGGGGAACCACUGGAGGAUCUCGACCCAUACUACAAAGAUCACAAGGUUUUCAUAGUGCUAAACAAACAGAAAACAAUCUUCAGAUUUACUGCUACACGUGCCUUAUGGAUCCUCAGUCCUUUCCAUCCAAUCCGAAGAACAGUAAUUAAGAUUUUAGUACAUUCAUUGUUCACUUGGUUUAUCAUGUGCACUAUUAUAACUAAUUGUGUGUUCAUGGCUCUGACUGAGUCCUCUAAGGCUUCUCCAUCUCCUUCGUGGAACAAGUAUGUUGAAUUUACUUUCACUGGCAUUUACACUUUUGAAUCAUUGAUAAAAAUAUUGGCAAGAGGAUUCUGUCUAAAUGAAUUCACUUUCCUUCGAGAUCCCUGGAACUGGUUGGAUUUCAGUGUUAUCGUUAUGGCGUACGUGGGAGCAUUUAGUACCCUGGGGAGCGUGUCAGUCCUUCGGACUUUCAGGGUUCUGAGAGCUUUAAAAACCAUUUCAGUAGUCCCAGGACUCAAGAUCAUUGUAGGGGCACUUAUCCAGUCUGUUAAGAAACUUACCAACGUGAUGAUCCUGACCGUUUUCUGCCUGAGUGUCUUUGCUCUCAUAGGCCUCCAGCUUUUUAAGGGCAAUCUAAGACAAAAAUGUGUCAGGAACUCUACGGAGUUGAGUAAUAUCCUUCAUUUCCUUGAGAAAAAAUGGGAAUCCUAUGAAACAUUUGCUAAUUAUACAGCAUACUUUGCUCUGAAAGAGGGCACCUCAGACAUUUUGCUAUGUGGUCCUGGUGGUGGGGUCUGUCCUCCAGACUAUAUAUGCUUGAAAACUGGGCCAAAUCCUGACUACGGUUUCACUAGUUUUGAUACGUUUGGCUGGGCUUUCCUUUCUUUAUUCCGCCUGAUGACCCAGGACUACUGGGAGCGUCUGUACCAGCAGACCCUCAGAGCUUCUGGGAAGGUGUAUAUACUGUUCUUCAUGCUGGUCAUCUUUCUGGGCUCAUUUUAUCUCGUCAACUUGAUUCUGGCUGUAGUAACAAUGGCAUAUGAAGACCAGAACAAGGCCACCAUUGCUGAAACGGAGGCAAAAGAAAGGAAAUUUCGGGAAGCCAUGGAAUUAUUACAGAAUAAUCCCAUGCAGGAGUCAUUGGCUAUUAAAGGAAUUGAUAUCCUGUCAAUUGGCUCCUUUCAAGCAUCUCCUCUCUCUACCAAAGAAAUGAAAGAAAGAAGCAAUAGGAAAAUGAGAAGUAAGUCCUUGGGGAUAGAAGAUGAAGAAGAAGAACAGUUCGCCAAGUCACAGUCCACAGACAGUCAACGAAAGUUGCCAGCUGUAAAUGAUGAGAGCAGCAUGAUGCAUUUGCCUCCUCAUCUGUCGGUGGAGUACUUUAAUGAGGCACUUCAGAGACAAAGGGCAGCAAGUGCAGUCAGCGUAAUUACCAGUGUCUUGGAGGAACUCGAAGAAUCCCAGCGGAGAUGCCCGCCAUGCUUGAAAGAUUUAGCUUUAAAGUAUCUAAUUUGGGACUGUUGUCCGCUUUGGUUGAGAAUCAAGAAAAAAGUGGCUGCUUUCAUAAAGGAUCCAUUUAUUGAUCUCACCAUCACUGUUUGCAUUGUGAUGAACACUUUGUUCAUGGCACUGGAACACAAUAAUAUGUCAGAAAAUUUUAAAUUGAUGCUUCACAUAGGCAACUUGGUUUUUACAGGAAUCUUCACUGCGGAAAUGAUCUUAAAAAUUAUUGCUCUAGAUCCCUAUUAUUAUUUUCAGCAGCCCUGGAAUGUUUUUGACAGUAUAAUUGUCACGUUGAGUUUAAUUGAACUGAGUUUACCCAGACACAAAGGCAAGAAGGAAAGGAGAAAAGGAGGAACUCUGUCAGUUUUACGAUCCUUCAGACUGCUGAGGGUUUUCAAAUUGGCAAAGUCCUGGCCAACUUUAAACACUCUGAUUAAAAUCAUUGGCAACUCCCUGGGCGCCCUGAGCAAUCUGACCCUCGUCCUGGUAAUCAUCGUCUUCAUUUUUGCUAUAGUAGGGAUGCAACUUUUUGGGAGAAGCUAUGGGGAGAACAGCCAUAAAAUAAACAAAAAUGGCAAACCACGCUGGCACAUGAUGGACUUUUUCCACUCAUUCCUCGUCAUUUUCCGAAUUCUGUGUGGAGAAUGGAUUGAAACCAUGUGGGACUGCAUGGUGGUCGCUGAACAGCCGCUGUGCCUCCUUGUCUUUCUGCUAGUCAUGGUGAUAGGAAAUUUAGUGGUUCUCAACCUUUUCAUUGCACUACUGCUGAAUUCCUUCAGUGCUGACUGCCUCCAGACGGCAGAGGAUGAUGGGGAGAUGAAGAAUCUUCGGAUCGCCUUUGCUCGGAUUCACAAGGGAUUUCACUUUCUGAAGCGCGUUGCAUGGGUUACCUGCUGUGGAAAGCUCAAGCGUAUAAAGAAAGCACACAGGAAGAAAAUCAAAUUGACUGCACAGAACCCACUUGGGUUCAAGUCUGAGGAAACAAAAAAUUGUAAAGAGAAUUACAGUAGUGAAUGGGCUGAGAAAUACGGGGACAAAUGCUCAGGUCUUGAAGAUUUCAUUACCAAUCCCAAUGUAUUUGUUUGUGUCCCUAUUGCUGAGGCAGAGAAUACAAGCGAGGGUUUUGAAGAUGACGAUAAGCUGAGCACAUUUACAGACACAGAAUACAGCAAAGAGUUGGACAGUGUCAGCUCUUCUGAAGGCAGCACAGUGGAUCUGACAAACCCUGAAGAUCUUCUGAGGCAGAUUCCAGAGUUUGCUGAAGACUUCAAGACUCCAGAAAAAUGUUUUCCAGAAGGUUGUGUUCGAUACUUUCGUUGUCAUAUGGGUAGUGCUAUAAAGUUUGGAGGAGAAACAUGGUGGGAUCUGAGAAAAACCUGCUACGAGAUUGUUGAACACUCCUGGUUUGAAUCCUUUAUUAUAUUCAUGAUUCUUCUGAGCAGCGGAGCCCUGGCAUUUGAAGACAUCCAUAUAAAUGAGAGAAAAAGCAUCAAAAUUAUGUUGGCGUUUCUUGACAAAAUGUUCACUUUCAUCUUUGUUCUGGAGAUGCUCCUGAAAUGGGUGGCUUAUGGUUUCAAGAGGUAUUUCACCAAUGCCUGGUGCUGGCUGGACUUCCUUAUUGUAGACGUCUCUUUAAUAAACCUUCUAGGCAGUUCAUUUAGCCCUGUGAAAUCUCUUAGGACUCUCCGAGCUCUGAGACCGUUAAGGGCAUUGUCACGAUUUGAGGGGAUGAGGGUGGUUGUCAAUGCCCUCGUGGGAGCCAUUCCUUCCAUCAUGAAUGUUCUGCUUGUUUGCCUCAUCUUCUGGCUCAUCUUUAGCAUCAUGGGAGUGAACCUCUUUGCUGGGAAGUUUGGGAAAUGUGUCAAUCUGACAGAAGAAGAUUCAGAAUUAAAUAGUUCAAUCAAUGACAUAACAGACUGUAAAAUGUAUAAUAACACAGGAAAAAUAUUCUGGGUCAAUGUUAAAGUCAACUUUGAUAAUGUUGGCUCUGGCUACCUGGCUCUCCUUCAGGUGGCAACUUUUAAAGGUUGGAUGGACAUCAUGUAUGCAGCAGUAGAUUCACGAGAGAAAAAUGAGCAGCCGCAAAUGGAGCACAGUCUAUUUAUGUAUCUCUACUUUGUGAACUUCAUCAUCUUUGGAUCUUUCUUUACCCUGAAUCUCUUUGUUGGUGUUAUUAUUGACAACUUCAACCAACAAAAGAAAAAGAUAAGUGGAGAAGAUAUCUUUAUGACAGAAGAACAGAAAAAAUAUUACAAUGCAAUGAAAAAGCUGGGAUCCAAGAAACCUCAAAAACCUAUUCCAAGACCACUGAACAGAUACCAAGGGUUCCUUUUUGACAUUGUGACACGCCAGGCCUUUGAUGUUGUAAUCAUCAUUCUCAUCUGCCUUAACAUGCUCGCCAUGAUGGUGGAAACCUCUGAGCAAAGUGACUUGAAGACUAACAUCCUUAAGAAAAUCAAUAUAUUCUUCGUUGCCAUCUUUACUGCAGAAUGUGUACUGAAAUUGGUGGCUCUGAGGCAGUACUAUUUCUCAAAUGCCUGGAACAUAUUCGAUUUAGUUGUUGUGAUCAUGUCACUUAUUGCCCUACUGCUUUCUGACAUCGGUAAAACAUUUGAACAUUUCAUACCACCUACACUCUUCAGGGUCAUUCGCUUAGCUCGGAUUGGACGAAUACUGAGACUCAUCCGGGCUGCCAAAGGAAUUCGAACUCUGCUUUUUGCGUUAAUGAUGUCCCUACCUGCUCUGUUCAACAUUGGCCUCUUGCUUUUUCUGGUCAUGUUCAUUUAUGCCAUUUUUGGCAUGGCUAACUUUGCCUAUGUGAAGAUGGAAGAUGGCAUUGACGAUAUGUUCAACUUCCAAACCUUUGGUAACAGCAUGCUCUGUCUCUUCCAAAUCACCACGUCAGCUGGCUGGGAUGGUCUUCUCAGCCCAAUUUUAAACACUGGGCCACCGUACUGUGAUCCAAACAUAAAUGGUACUAUAGGGGAAUGUGGUAAACCUGCCAUAGGCAUUAUUUAUUUUGUAAGUUACAUCAUUAUCUCAUUUCUCAUUGUUGUAAACAUGUACAUAGCUGUUAUUAUGGAGAACUUCAAUGCUGCUACCGAGGAAAGUACAGAGCCUUUAGGGGAAGAUGACUUUGACAUCUUUUAUGAAAUCUGGGAGAAGUUUGAUCCUGAAGCAACUCAGUUUAUAACUUUCUCUGCACUUUCAGACUUUGCAGAUGCUCUGGCUGAACCUUUACGUGUACCAAAACCAAACAAAGUUCAGCUGAUAGCAAUGGACCUGCCUAUGGUCAGUGGAGAUAGGAUCCACUGCUUGGAUAUCUUGUUUGCUUUUACCAAACGAGUGUUAGGAGAUUCUGGGGAGAUGGAUACUCUUAAAGUACAAAUGGAGGAGAAGUUCAUGGCUGCCAAUCCAUCCAAACAAUCCUACGAGCCAAUCUCCACUACUCUCAGACACAGACAAGAAGAAGCUUCUGCCACUGUUAUCCAGCGUGCUUACAGGAGUCACCGGCUCCUGCGCUCCAUGAAGCAGGCUUCUUACCUGUACCAUCACAGAACUUGCAGUGAUGACACUCUUGGAGGUGCUGCUCCAGAAAAAGCAGGACUUAUUGCAUCUAUGAUGGCUGAACACUACCAUAGGAGUCUGGAUAACUGUGAAACUUUGUCCUCAGCAUCCUUUCCUCCAUCAUAUGACAGUGUCACAAGAGCCAGUAGUGGCAAUCUUGUGGUUGAAAAUGGAGAAAUUACAUCUCCAGAUAUUAAAUAG